AGUUCUAAAAAUAAUCAUUUGUAUAAUAUGUACCUUCACCCGAGCCCGUGAUUGUCAGUCCUUGAUAGUUACAGUUACAGAGCGACCGAACCCACGGAAAAUGGACCCUCAUUAAAUUAGGAAUAUAAAAAAAAACAUUGGUUAAAACAUGGAAGUGAAAAAUUAUUCAAUGAAAGGAUAUAUAAUGUAAAAUAUAUAGAUAAAUAAAAAUGGCACAAGGUUAUCCUUUCCACAUCCAAGAGUAUCCAUUAUACUACAUUGGCUUGAAAUAUUUACCAGAAAGUGCCUUAGAAGAGCUGGCAGAUUUACUAGAUGUACCUGGUAUUGUGUGCAUGGAGUUAUUUGCUGAAAUGAUAAAUAGAGAGCAUGAAAAUAAGCUAGGCCUUCAUACUAGCAGAGUACAGGCUUUUCGAUAUCAAGUGUUUCAGAGGCCAACAAAAAUUUUAUUUAGACACUUAAUGGCAAAAGGAAUAACAAUUGGACAAGUACAAUGUGUAUUGGAUAAAAUGGGGGCAGCGACUCGGGACAUCUUUAGAAAGUGUCACACUGAUUGUAUUCAAAUGUUCUGUCACGAUAUGGCACAUCAUAGCACAUCUACCACCCCAGCAUCAGAAAACAACUGUACCUGCACAGGUUGUGGAGAAAGGAGUGCUUACGAACGUUACAAUCGAAGAUAUUUAGCAGAGAGAUAUUCUGCUUCUCUAACAAGUCAAGACAAUAGGAGACCAGAUGGACAAAGACAACACGACCCUAACAAUCAAAGAUAUAUGGAAGAGCGGUUUCCUUCUUCCCGGAUAAAUCCAAAUCCACACAACAGGAGAUCGGACGGACAAAGACAAAACGAUCCUAAUAACCAAAGAUAUGUAGCAGAGAGGUCUCCCCCUUCCGGAACAAACCAAACCAACAGGAGACCAGAUCGACAAAAACAAAACAAUUCAAGACAUGAUAAUACAGAUGUUUUACUAAAUGAAGGUAGAUUACCAUAUAAUGUACUGCCUGGACAAAGAGAAAAUCUGCAUGCACAACCUGGACAAAGAGAAAUUGAGAUUGAUUGGAUUCAUCCGUCCGAAUGUGACUGUCAGUGUGGCGAUACAAACUGUAAAGAGUGCGAGGAAAGACGACUGCUUGACCCAGAUGAAACAACGGUAUUGUCAUCUUAUCCGCGUAGAGAAUACAGAAAUCAACCAACGAUCACGAGAAGGUCAAACAAUCUUUUUUCUAGGACAACGGGACAUGUGCCCGUGAAUAAUGAAAUGAAUAUAAACGAUGAUAUUCAAACAGAUCAUGUCAGUUAUUCAGAAAAUCCAUCAAGUUCGUUAAGUCUUCGAGCAUGUCCAGACGGCAAUUCUCAUUCGUCUUCCAUGAAGUCUUCAAUUAUAAGUAAACACGCGUGUUCAAAUAUCAAUAAACUUAAAUGUACAUGUAAAAAACCACCUGAGUGCACGUGUAGAAAAGAAAAGGUUCAUUUACAUAAACAAAUUUCGCAACCGUCAAGUUCAUCUAGUGGGGAUAAUCGAAAUAGAUGGAGUACACCUGAAGAAAUGUUAUAUGCAAGGGAAAUCGAUUCCUCUAGGCUUUCAGUAACAUCAAUUUCUGAUUCAAACUUAUGUCCGUAUCCAGGGAAUAGAAGGACCACCGAAGAUCUUUCAGGCAAAACUAUUUUCAUCUCCUAUACUGAUGACGCGAAAGCUGAUGUGAUUAACUUAGCAGGACAAAUAAAACGACAAGGACACAGCGUGAACACAGAUCUUCAUAAAGAAUCUUUUGUUUCGGCUAAGAAUCAAGGAUUUGUUAGUGAGAAGGAUCAAUAUACCUGGCUUCGGAACCGAUACACUAAUGCAGACUAUAUCAUAAUUUGCUCAUCCAAAGGAUAUAUUGAGGCCAUAAACUUGGACAAGGUUUGUCCUAGUCCACAUUACUUAAACGCAAGAUAUAUAUUUGACCUUAUUAUGCUGGAUCCAAGAAAAAGCGAGAAGACAAUAGAAAUCUGCUUUCAAAACACGCACGUCAAUGACAAACUGUGCUUGCCGUUCACUAGGAAAUUUAUUCUUCCAAAUGAGAUGGCUUCCUUAAGUGAUCAAAUACAAAGAUAACAGACAUCCAUUAAAAGGGAUUAUAGUGAUAUCAUUAUCUUUUCAUUUCUUAAAGGAAAUCUACAAAUAGCAUACGAAAUUGCACACAAAUAUCUAUUUUAUUCUCUAAUUUUAAUCUUAGAGUAAAAUUUUCGUAUGUCAGGGACAUUUCUUGCAAUCAAUGUUAAAAGUAAGAUGUUUGUGAAUGGGUGCAGUUGUUCUCCUAUGUACCAUAGUGUUUGUCAUAUUGGCAUGAUUUGUUUUGUUAUAAGACGAUUACUACGACUAUGAACAUCAUGAAUAAUUGCACACGUCUAAACUCGGCCGAUUCCGUUCGGUAGUGGAAUCGACCGAGGAUUUGCCGAUUUGAAUAAUUGAUGAUUUUGUUUGAACAAGAGAAUGUAUCUGUAAAUAAAAAUAAUUCUGCUGGUCAGAUGAUUGAGUGAAUAGACGCAAGUUGCCAAUACGAUCACUGCUGGGCAGUUGUUGUUUGGAGGUAACUCAUUGUGCUUAUAGCUAAAUAUAUAUAUACAUAAAAACACAUUGAAAUGAUCUUAAGGUAUUUUUGGUGUUUGUUUUGCCUGUAUUGUUGAUAUUAUACAAAUUUUGUAACUUUGCAUAUUAAAAUAAAAACCAAAUUGAAA